CAAGCCAGCACAUGCGCGAACAACUUCGGAGAGAGCGAAGCGACGGCGGCCGGAGCGGAUACUACAUUGUCGUUCACCGCGGGAGUCCUUCAACUUUUUCGUGUGGAGCCGUCGGACGCGGUACGCUUGUGCUGGCGAGUCCAACAACAGGCUCUCCAGAAUCGUCCCUGUGUGGAUAAUUCCGACUUCCAAAUGACGUGCCCACUGGAUUACAGCGACGAACUCGACAAGUUGAUCUCACGGAUACGUCCCUGAAGUUUCCUCGCUCGCGCUACAAGGGAGACGACGUGAACUCGCCGGACUUUUGUUUCGGAGACAGACGACAUACUGCCAAUGGGUUUUGCCACAGAGCUGCAGGGCUGGAGCUCGCAUGAUGCCUUGCUGUCGGUACAGGAUGCAGAGCUUCGUCUGCUGGAAAACAUGCGCCGGUGUAUUGUGAAUAGGGUCAAGUGCGAUCGAGAGUACUCCAUUUCCCUGAACUCUCUAUGCAUCCAGGCUGCUAAAGUGGACACUGGAGAUGAGCUCUCGGGAAGCCUGAUUGCAAAGGCCUGGAACACCAUCAUUGACACCACAGAAACCGUGGGAAGGCUUGUGAAGCAGAAUGCAGACCUAAUUGCCACUCACACACUUGACAAGCUGAGCUGUCUCAUCCUGGAAAAGAGAGCACUCAGAAAGAUAUACCUCGAGGAGCACCAAAGAAUUCAUGGCGAGCUGGCAAGGCUCAGGGAUGCUGUUCUGAAAAGCACUUCAGAAUAUGAGAAAUGCAUAGAGAAUGCUACUGCUGCCAAAGAAAAAUAUGAAGACCAGUUCAUGAAAGGUAGCUUGAAUGCAUUAAUAAACAGCAGCAGAGGAAACAGAAAAGUGGAGGAAGCCAAGGAGCGCUACUUGAAGGCUAGCAGGAAACUGCACCAAACUCACAACGACUACAUCCUUCUGCUCAAUGAGGCCAUGAACUACGAGCAUCACCUGAGGACAACACUUCUGCCAGGUCUACUGCAGUACCAACAGACUGUGCAACAGGAAGCCAUCGACUGCUGGCAAGCAGUGAUGAGAGACUACUCGCGCCACACAGACUUCUGUUCCGAAGCCUUUCAGUCCGUCCACAAAAAGCUGAAUGAAAGCAUUGACUUCAUCAAGAGUGAAAGCGAGUAUCAAGACUUCAUCGAGAAAUACAAAUCGAAACCAAUACCACCCAUUGACUUUCACUAUGAUGAGUCGCUGCUCAACAACUACGUGGGAAAAUUGAAACCAGAGCAAAUAGCUGUUGAUGAGUUCACCAUUGAUGCCCUAAGAGAGAGAAUUAGUGACUUACAGACGAGGCUAGUCCAAGCACAGGCUGCUAUUUUGGAGAAAGAAACGCAGCUGGCUCAGUUUCAAGUCGAAGUUUCUGAAAUCAAAACAACUCCAGACCUUGGAUCUGCGGCCAUGGUAAAGAAAAGGGCAGUGGACAUCAUCAGGCGAGAGCGAGAUGAGAUCAAGUGCCAGGAAGAGCGGAUCAACAGUCAGCUGCAAUUGCUGGUGCAGCCCCUGUCAUCGAUCGGUAGCGAAGUGCCCAGGGGCCUUGACCUUGACAUCACUGUCAAUGGCGAACAGGUUAAGGAUGAUGAGAUUAUGGACUUUACAACAAUCAGCAAAAUAGCAGCUCGGCAUUUUGUGGACAGACUCAAAAGCCCAUUUCUGAAGAAACAGGCCAUACCAACUCCACAGCCCAAGGACUUUGAGGAAUGUGUCAACUCCAAUAACUUCUUUGAGGAGACUAACAGCACCCACCACCAAGCUUACAGUCGUAUGUCUGUGAAUCCCAACGUGGUGCUGCAAGACGAAGACUGGUUUCACGGAGUCCUUCCCAGGGAGGAGGUGGUUCGCCUGCUCGUCAACAACGGGGACUACCUGGUCCGAGAGACCAUGCGUAAUGAGGAGAAGCAAGUUGUGCUUUCUGUCUGUUGGCAGGGCCACAAGCAUUUCAUUGUACAGACCACUUCAGAUGGAAAGUAUAGGUUUGAAGGACCAGCUUUCGGGACGGUCCAAGAACUGAUUGUAUAUCAGCAUCACCUGGGACUGCCGGUGACCAGCAAGUCUGGAGCGAUAUUACAGAACCCCAUCUUUAGGGAGCGCUGGGAACUCAACAAUGAUGACGUCGAGCUUGUAGAGAAGAUUGGAAGGGGAAACUUUGGAGACGUGUACAGGGCAGUGCUGCAUCCCCAGAGGACAGAGGUAGCAGUCAAAACCUGCAGAGUGAACCUGCCCGAUGAACACAAGAAGAAGUUCCUGCAGGAGGGCCGCAUUCUGAAGCAGUACGACCACCCCAACAUCGUCAAGUUCAUUGGCAUCUGCGUCCAGAAGCAGCCCAUCAUGAUAGUCAUGGAGCUUGUUCCUGGAGGAUCCUUGCUGGCAUUCUUGAGGAACCAAGGCCCAAAACUGAACCCAAAGGAACUGCUGAACAUGUGCAUAGACACGGCUGCAGGCAUGGCAUAUCUUGAAAGCAAGAACUGUAUUCAUAGGGAUUUAGCCGCAAGAAACUGCCUCGUUGGCCGAAACAACACUGUCAAGAUAUCAGAUUUCGGCAUGUCACGGGAAGAGGAGGAGUACAUAGUCUCGGAUGGCAUGAAGCAAAUUCCAAUCAAGUGGACAGCACCUGAAGCUCUCAACUUCGGAAAAUAUACUUCUGUCUGCGAUGUGUGGAGCUACGGCAUACUAGCGUGGGAAAUUUUCUCUCUCGGAGCAUCUCCGUACUGCGGCAUGUCUAACAGCCGAGCACGAGAGCUGAUUGACACAGGAUAUCGACUCCCAUCCCCGGAACACACCCCUGGUCCCGUUUAUGAACUCAUGCUGCGCUGUUGGGAGUACAACCCGGACAAAAGGCCAAGUUUCUACGACAUCCAUCACACCCUGGUCAGCAUCAGCAAACAUGGUUGAAGACUGUUGCACUGCACUGCUCCAAAACUUCCCUUUCUUAGUUUAUUAUUGGCAAUUACAAAAGAAGUGUGAUGCCCCCUUAAGUAGAAUCUUGUUUUUAGCUAGCUCUCCUGUAAAUAAGGCAGUUGCUCACUUACUAGAUACAAGUAAAUGCCUAGUGCAAUUAUCGCCAAUGGCUCAAGGCGGAGUUACGCUGUUUUGUAGAUGUUCUCAAAACAUUUUUUAAAGGUUGUUUGUUUGAUUUGUUCUAUGGUGGUUUGUGUAACAUGUAGUCCGCACAAUGAGUUGAUACGCAUAUAAAGUAUUUAUUUCGUGCCAUACUUUUUUUUUUUAGUUCUCAUGCAUGUCUGCUGCACAGAAUGGUGAUGUCGCUUUAGUACAAUGACCAGGCUGUUGUCUAUACAAUACUCGCAACUCAACUGUGCUGUUUAAAACAAAAGUGGCUAGUAGAAUAAAAAAAAAAAGUGUUAAUAAACAGUGAAUUGGGUGAGGGUUACCGAAAAUAAAAGUGUUCAAAAGUGGA